AUGAAGUUAACGUUAGUUUAUUUUUUGAUUUUCUUAAAAAAUUCUCAAGCCGAGAGUCCUUUGGAGAUAAUUUCAAAAUUUUAUCAGGAAUUUGAUAUCUACACCCUGCUGAUAUUUACCAAUAAUGGAACGCGGGAGCUUCUGCAAGAUUUUCAGCAGCCUCAAUUGGUAAUAGCUGGUGAGGAUGGAGGGAAUGGUACAUUCAAGGAUCUGAGGCAAACCCAGGGCGAAAGGGUUUUGAGCUUUGUUAGCCUGGAUGACAUGGAGUUCAGUUAUCUGGAGGAGGUAUUCAAACCGGUAUUGGUUAAUUUGCAUUUGGCCAAUAUUAUUUUUUACACCAAUGGAAAUUGGUCAACGGAGGAGGAGGAUGGAGGAGAAGAGCAAUGGUUGUGGUUAUUUGAGUGGUGUUGGCAGCAGGGAUUUUGGCAUGUCCUUUUGGCGAGUGGAGGUGCAGAAGUGGAAAAUAAAUAUCUCAGCAUGGAUUCGAUACCGCAAAUGAAAAUGAAAUCAGUUUCCUUGGAGGAAUAUUUUGAAAUGAAACGGAAUCGAGUGGUGGAUUUACAGGGUUACCCCAUCAAGGUGGCGGUGGGCAACAAUCCACCCAGGGUUACCGCCUUUUUCGAUGAGGAGGAAAAUUUACAGCUGGGCGGAUUUUAUGGCAACACCAUUCUAAUGUUCACCGAGGCCAAUGCCACCUUGGAAUAUAUUAUCAUGCCGAACAUGUCUCAAUAUUCGAUUUUAAGUUGCAUCGAAUCGAUUGUAACCCAAACAUUGGAUAUUUGUUCGGAUGCCAUACUCUUUGGCACGGGUGUUGAGACCACAAGGCCACAAAUAAUUGUCACCAGCCGCUUGGUGGUACCGUUCGAUAGGCCAUUGGAGAAUUACAAUUAUUUCCGCAUGCCAUUUACCGAGGAGGUGUGGAUCCUGAUUGCCAUCACCUUUGUGAGUACCCUGAUUCUGCUGAUGUUGGUGGAGUACAAGGAAUAUGGAGAGCUACGCAUCAUCAAUAGCCUGUUUACCACGUUUCAGGGAAUAAUCUGUGCCGGCUUUAGUGUGGAGCACUUUUCCCUACCUUAUCACUAUGGCGUGGAAUCCAUACUUAUUUUCAGUGGAUUUAUGCUGUCGAACUACUAUUUGGCCAUCCUGUCGGCCCUAUUGCUUACCAAGAUCUAUAAACAUGAAAUCGAUUCCAUUGCCGAUGUCAUUAGUCAUAAUUUGACCAUAGUGACCACGGGAUUCCAGCAGUAUGUCCUUGAAAUAACCGAUGCCCCUGCGGAGAUCCGCCGCCAGACGGUGCUCUUUACCGAGGAGGAAGCUGUGGCCAAUAUGCGUGCCCUUAAUCCGGAAUAUGUUUACUUUGGCAUUGAUGCCGAGGUGGAUUUUUUACUUUACCAGCAGAAAUUUCUCUUGAGGCCGAGAAUGAAAAAACUGGGUCAGGAAGCUGUGACCACGGAUAUAGGAGAAAUUCCCAUGCGUUUCUAUUGGCCUCUACAUGACCACUUGAUGUCCUUUAUGGAGAAUAUGUUUUGCAGUGGCCUAAUCAUGUAUCGUCAACUGGAAACUUUUGAGGAGGGUAUUCGGCGAGGUGACAUAGCAUUCAUACCCAACGAAGAUUUGUCCGUAGAGCCAUUGUCUUUGGAAUAUUUUGUAAUGUGUGGCCUGAUUUUGGCUGCAGGGGCUAAAGACUCGACCACAAAACCACCAACCAAUCGACCAACCAGCCAGCCCAUGUAA